AUGAAUACUCAAAAUUUCUUUUAUGAUGAGGAAGUGUCUAAAACAAUUGAUAUGGGACCAGGGAUAGAGUUAGAAAAUCCUUUAAGAGGUGUACUUGAGUUUUAUCCUUUGGAAGGAUUAGAAAUAGAAGAAUAUAUUGAGGAAGAGGUCCCAGAUAUGGAUAGAUUAAAUAUAAACAUUGAAAAUAAUAAUAAUAAUAUUCAGAAUAAUUAUGGUAGUCAAACAUCUGCACGAGCAACUAUGGAAGUUGAGGUUAGAAAAAUUAGUUGUUACUAUGGAAGCCAACUCGGAUCUUCAUUGUUCAAGCAGCGGAUCUGA